AUGUUUAGUAUAAGAGAUCAACUUGAUAGUGACAAUCCUCGGGUCAAAGGUCAGUUGAAGAGACAUUCUGUGUCCCAGAAAUUGAACGGUACACACACUGAAAUAAAAUGUGGUUUUCGAGAAGAUAACAGGUCCUGUCCGAAAAAUCGAUGUAAGCGCUAUGCAUUUUAUCAAAAGGCAUGGCCUUACACAGAAAUCACAUACAGAAUUGGUAAUUGGCCAAGCAAUUGUGACAUAAAGAGCAAAUCAAAAAUUCGCCAGUUAUUUAAAGAGGCUUUUCAACUCUGGAGUGAUGUCUCUCCGCUGAUUUUUAGAGAGGUUGGAAAAAAUGAAAUCGCAAACACAACUAUCAUGUUUAUGAAACUUGAACAUGGUGAUAACGUGCAUUUCGACGGGCCACUUAACACUCUUGCGCAUGCGUACCACCUAAUGGGUGGGUAUGGGGAAUUAAAUGGAGACAUUCAUUUCGAUGAUGACGAAAAGUGGACAUGGAAAGCAAAACAAGGUAGAAAUCUAUUUAUUGUAGCGGCGCAUGAAAUUGGUCACGUAAUUGGAUUGGCCCAUUCGAAGGUUAAGAGCGCCCUAAUGUGGGAACAUUAUCAGCUAUUUCAGAAUGGAUACACGCUUUCGGAAGAUGACGUCAAAGGAAUACAGCGUAUAUAUGGCAAACCAUUACAUCCGAGCGGUAUAAAAGGAAGAACAGUAGUAAGAUCGAAGGUUACAAAGCCGACGGAUGAAAACCCGGUUAAGGCUAAUAAUAAUGUAACAGAUGCCAUCUCUAGAACAGCGGCUGUGAAUACACUGGUCAAAAGACAGAAUAAGAUGAACAAUACAUGUGAUCGGUCUAUUGACGGUUUGGCGGUUUACAGACGAGAAAUAAUGAUAUUCAAGGGAAAUAGAAUUUGGCGAAUGAAGACUGAUGGCACUCUGAUUUCAAGAGAAAAUGGCGAACUAGCUGCAUCUUAUUGGUAUGGUUUGCCUUCCGAUAUUGACGCUGUAUAUCAACGAAACACUGAUAACGCCCUCAUCUUUGUUAAAGAUCAAUACUCGUAUAUAUACCUAGGACCGCAUCAGUUGCCCAUCAAGACGAUGCACAUGCUAAACGAAAUGCCAAUCGGUGUAGAUGCUAUCGUUGCUGUGUCCGGCUCUAACAAAAUCUACAUAUUCAAAAAUAAAUUAGUGUGGAAGGCAGAUGUAUCAACCAAUAAACUUGAAGAUAAUUAUCCAAGAAAAAUAUCCAAAGAAUGGAAGCGACUACCAAGGGGAAUUAACGCCGCUUAUUACCUGAAUGAUCACUUCUACUUUUUCAGAAAUGGUCAAAUCUACAAGUCAAAAUCAGGUACAAACUACGUCACGCGGCACAAGCAGCGCUGUUGGCAGACGAUCAAUCGAUUCAUCAAGAAAUGCUGACAUCAUUGAGACGAGUGCUUCAGACUUUGAGUGGUGAGCGGCCUGUUUUAUUCAGAUUGAUUCAAAGAGAAUGUUGACCACCGAAUUUAUCAUUUAAAAACAAUAACGAGGUUAAAUGAAGUUACAUGCUUACUCGUCUGGACUAUUAUGAUGGGUGCGUUUGUUGAACACAUGAAGACAUGAUGCUACGUGGCUCACAUGGAUCGGAAGACGAUGUUCAGUGACAACUCCGGCAUAUCCAAUUGAAGGAACAAUCAAACACGUUCUGAUUGGCUAUCGAUUGAUACACCAAUUUGCGUUUAGCUCUCGAGAAAAUGACUACCGCCCUCUGUGUACAUGUAAAUUUGGACAUCACCAAAGAGUAUUAGACAUCACACAAAACAAAAUCAAUGAAUAUCACCGGUGGUGAUAUUACAGUGUACAGUACUUGUGAUAUAUGUAAAUAGUAGAGCAUUUUGAUAUAAUAUAGUUUGAUUUGAUUGAGCAUGGUAUGACAUGACUUGAUUUGAUUUAUGUUAUGACAUGAUAGUAUUUGAUUCUAAAUAUCUUAAAAACAUACAGUUACUGCAAUAUUUACACAAUAGAGCAAUUAAAGCAUUCGGGGGUGGGGGGUUUUAAGUUAGCUCUACAACAUAAAGGAGAAAGGAGAUAGAAACUAUUUUGUAGGUCACAGUAUUUAUAAACCUUUGCUGCUUAGCCGCAAAUACAACAUACUGUAAAAACUUGUGAAUAAUAAAAAAUUGAUAUGCAUUUGUAUUAGGCAUUUAAGUUAAAAGUUUUAAGGUUGUCAGAAGCAAGUCCAGUCAUUGUUUACUUUUGUUUUAAUUCAUUGGAACAUUUAUUUUCUUCCUUUUCAACAGAUACAAAAGUAAUAAGUUCUUUCUUAAAGCCAGCUCCGGAGGUUGAUAGGUUGUAGAACUGACUUUUCGAAGACAAACAAUUUUUAUUUAAAAACUUGGGGAAAAAGAUUGAAAAAGGGUGGUUACGCCCCUUUUCCAUCAGUUUUUAAAUAUUCAAAAAUCUGUAUCUCAUUAACCGUUCCCGAGUUUUUCGUCAAAUAUGCUUUUCCUGUCUUAGAAAUAUCAGUGCUACAUUUUUUUUUCUUCCGGAGCCUGGCUUUAAAUAAAUUAAAGAAUAAAAAGUAAAGGAAGAAGACAAUUGCCCCAGAAGAUUUAAAAUACAAUUUUUUGAUGUGCCAGUCGACAAGUGCAAAUAUGUUAUGUGUACGUUAUUGUGUGGUUGAGUUAUGGAAUGGAGGAUGGGGGAGGGGAGUGGAAAGGGUUUGAGUUAAAGGGAUGUCUGGUAAUUGAUACUUGUAUUAAAACAAUUGUGAGUAAUAAACAAGAUUUUCGUAAACGAUCCCAAUUUAUUAGGAUAGGGUUAAGAUAUCAUCAUUAUAUUUUCUUCUAAUUUUUUUUUAUCCAGAUAAAUGAAGAAUGGGAUAUUCAGGGCUUGGAAUAUAAAUAAACGCGAUUGAAUGUUUGAAAUAA